UCGCGGACCGUUUUGGAAUCAAACUGGUUUCCGAGAGAUGAGCCGAGCAUUCCAAGCAGCCCUCGGCGGUGUCGCACGGCAGCCGCCGGUCAUGCAGCGGCAGCAGCCUCAGGGUGGCUCAUUGGGCAUGUUUUCGACCGCAAACUCCAUGUCCACGCCUUACACCACCCCUGUGACUGCAAGCCGCCAAGCAGCCGUUGCCCACUCUCGACCUCCAAAGGGCGAGAGCAUGUCGGGUUUCAUUAUGCCCUCCGGAGCGCGCAAGAAGAAAGGCAGGAAGGGAAAGCAAGCAAUGGAUCGUGAUGGUGAUGUUGUCAUGUCGACAGCAGCAAGGACAAGGACAAAUCAGAAGGGAGGUCGCCAAGGCAAGAAGGGCAGCAAGAAGAAGAAAGGAAAAGGAAGCAAGUCAAGCUCCAAGCGAACAGCAAUGCUGAAGAGCUCUGUGGCGGCGAUGCGGGGCCGCAUCCGAUACAACGUCCAGGUGCUGAAUCCGAGCAAGCUGCCGGCGGAGACCAUCGAACAAUUCCUCCGCGCCAAUUGCGCAGAGAGCUUCCACGUCAUCAAGUGUCGGGAAACGAAGAAUUCGGUCAUCUUCACGCUUCCGUCUGUGAACGAGCGCGCAGUGAACACGUUCAAGCGGCUGAACAGCCGCGCCAUGCUCAACGACCAGCCCAUCUCCAUCAACGUCAAGGAGGUUGAGGUCAAGGGCAGCAAGGCCUCAUCCUUUGAGCUUCCACCGGAGCUGUUGAGUCCCCGCUACGAUCCAGCAAGCAAGCACCUCAACCUCAGCAACUUUGUCAAUGACCCUUCCAUGUCUGCGUUUAUGCCUGCGGACGGGCUCAACUCGUUUGAUUUGGCCAACGCCAUCAUCGAUGUGAUCAAAGCAAACUGCGCGGACGUCGUGACAUUGGACCUGAGCGAGAACAACAUCCGCUCUUUUGAGAGCUGGAAGCGCCUUGGGAACGUUGCAAAGAAACUCAAGAACCUCAGCCUCGCCACUAACGACAUUAAGGAUCUGUCUGCGCUGUCGGAUCUUCGCAGCUGCCGCGGAAUCGAGGUCCUGCUCCUCCUCAACAACCCGUGUGUCGUCAAAUACUCAACAUCCCGCGAGCGCUACGAGAAGGCGCUGCGCCGGUAUUUCCGCAAGUUGACGGAGGUGGACCAGCUGCCCGUCACCCACACGUCGGCGAGCAAAGACGCCCCGAAACAGUCGCUGCCGCAGCAGGUGCUGCUCGCGCCGCACGAGAACAACACGGGCCCGCCAGAACUUGUCGCUGGAUGCAGGGAAUUCCUCGCAAAGUUCUUCUCCAUCUUUGAUUCGAAGCGGGAUCAGCUCAUGCACGCGUACAAGGAGGACGCCACUUUUCAACUCCACGUGCCCUCCAUUGGCCACGGAAAGACGAGUCUACGCCCGUAUGCGCCGCCGAAGAAGAAAGGAAGAUCUGUGCACACGAAAAAGCAAGGUCCCAUUGAUAUCGUUUCUCUGCUCAAGCGAUUUCCCAAGUCGACGCACCAGAAUGCAGCAGAGGUCGCUGUGUGUGUGCGCGAGGCGACGGGUGCGGACAUCAAGUGCAUCGUGUCUGGUCGGCUGCAGGAGCAGGCGCGCGAUUGCGUUCUGCAGCGCGUGUUUCGACGCGAAUUCCACCUCGUCCCUGCGGAGGAGACAUCACCGGCAGCGCUGAGCGGCUGGCCAUGCGUCAUCCAGUCGGAGACGCUCACACUCGCUCAUGACACCGUGCCUUCGGGUGCAAGUGCCCCUCCCAACUCCCCGUCUGCCCCCGCUGCCCCUGCUGCCCCUGCUGCUGCUGUUCCCGAUGUUGCGCAGAAGCAGGCCAUGGUGCAGCAGCUGGCAGCCGACACAGGCAUGAACUUUGCCUUCUCCGAAGAGUGCCUUGCCGGAAACAAUUGGAUUUACGAUGCUGCAGUUGCAAACUUCAGAGAACUUCAGGCGAGCAACUCAUUACCACCAGAGGCUUUCCAGCAAUAAUCACGUGUCGCGCUAGUUGUCAGAGCUGUUUCAACCUUCACUCACAUCAUGUCCCCUACCUCUCUUGCGUGUGUGUGUGUGUGUAUGCUGGUCUGCUUUCGUCUUGUGGAUUCUUUCCUGUAUUGUGGCUUGGUCGAGUGCUUUUGGUUUCACAACACAAAAGAAAAGCACACUUUACCAGA